AUGGACACAGUCACAGCAUUGACACGCAAACUAGACUCGCCUGGACCCCAGGGGGACGCCAGGCCGGUAAAGAAGGUGCGCCUCGACGGCCCUUCGGGUGCAGACGUGGUUGCAUCGACGUCAAAGUCCCAAUUUCAGAGCAAAAAGAAGCAAAAGUUGUCAAAAAGAAUUCUGAGAAAACUCACGCAGCCGGAACAAGGAACACCAGACGAUGUGCUCUGGCACGAAGUACAAGAGCUGCUUGGAGAGGACGUCGUGGACGAUGCAAUCGAUCGUGGUGUUGAUCUAGAGGCACCCAUCAAGUUUGGUGACAUUCUAGAGCUUGAUGUCAGUGAACUUAGUUCCAACGGAGAGGCACUGUCCAAACUUCCACACCCCCAUCCACCAUGGGUUGUGACCACUCCAUUCGCUCUACCCGGAGAGAAAAUACGCGUAAAAAUUGUGCGGAGCGGCCGCAUGAUUUCGUAUUCCGACUUGCUGGAGGUCAUUCAACCUGCUGCGACAAGAGAUAACUCGCGAGUCCAAUGCAAAUAUUUUGGAAAAUGCGCUGGUUGUCAAUACCAGAUGCUGGACUAUUCGAAACAGCUAGAGUUCAAGCAGCGUGUGGUUGAAAAGGCGUACCGAUACUAUUCUGACCUGCCUGGAGAAUCCAUACCCUCGCCUCUACCAACCAUUGGUUCUCCGCUACAAUAUGGGUACAGGACAAAGAUCACACCGCAUUUCGAUGCUCCGCCAAAGGGAAAGCUAAAAGAAGAUUGGAAACUCUAUAUAGGAUUUGACACCAAGGGUAGACGACAGGUUUUAGAUAUUGAGGAAUGUCCCAUUGCCACCCAAGUCUUGAACGACGCCCUGGGCCCCAUCCGUGCAGAAGUACAAGAAAAACUGUCGACAUAUAAACGUGGUGCGACGCUACUGAUGCGUGAUUCCCUCCAAGUCGUAGACAGCUCUCGCGAGGACCAUGUCUGCAUCCGUGACCACAAGGCGAUCGUCCGGGAGCGGGUCGGAAGCAAAGUGUUCGAAUUCCCGGCAAAUUCGUUCUUCCAAAACAAUAAUUCGGUACUUGUGCCUUUGACCGACUAUGUUCGGCAAGCGGCGACGGUUAUUCCCUCCGGCGGCAGACGGCCAACUCAUUUGGUGGACACAUAUAGUGGAUGCGGCCUCUUUGCGCUCAGUCUGGUGGAAGCUUUUGACCACGUUGCAGGAAUUGAAAUAUCCGAGGAGUCCAUCCGAUACGCCACGCACAACGUCCAACUCAACGGCAUCUCGCCAGAUAAAUGCGAAUUUCGCGCGGGACAGGCAGAAAAGAUAUUCGACGUCGUAGGCGACUUUCCGCCCUCGGAGACUGUGAUUGUGAUCGACCCACCACGAAAAGGAUGCGACGAUGCCUUUAUCUCUCAGUUGGUCCGCUUCGGGGCUGCUACGGUUGUGUACGUUAGCUGCAAUGUGCAUACGCAGGCGCGGGACGUGGGCAAGCUCGUCCGGGCGGGCUACGCGCUCGAGAGUAUCCGUGGGUUUGAUCUCUUCCCGCAGACUGCCCAUGUCGAGAGUUUUAAAGCUGCAUUGGUCGGCAGUAUAAUGGGCAUCUGCAGUUCAAAGACCGAGGAAAGCGACGUGCGAGCGCACAGGGAAGUUGAGAAACAGCUCAAGGAGGCGAAACAUCGCCGAGAUGCGCAGGUCAAGAUUCUUCUCCUAGGUUCUGGCGACUCUGGAAAGAGUACUGUCCUCAAGCAAAUGCGUCUCAUUCACAAAGUGCCAUUCACCCGCGACGAAAUCGAGUCGUACCGGCAGCUCGUGUUUACAAAUCUCGUUCAUGGCAUGCGUCUCGUGAUCGAAUCCUUGGCCGUAUUCAGCAUAAACGUAGAGGAAGCUAAUGAGGAUUAUGUACCGCUCAUCGAGAAUGCUCCAGAUUUACCAGACCAAGAGCCAUUCCCAACUCAGUAUCUCGCCCCACUUAAGGCUCUGUGGGCCGACAAGGGAAUCCAGAAGGCGCUACGGCGUGGAAACGAGGUAGCGCUACCAGAAAAUUUGAGAUAUUUCUACCCGCAGCUAGACAGAUUCUUCGAGCCGACAUAUCAGCCCACUGACCAAGAUAUCCUCCAUUGCCGCGCUCGAUCUACCGGUAUCACCGAGACGGUGUUUCGACUAAAGACGCACGAACUACACCUUCUCGAUGUGGGAGGGCAAAAGAGCGAGAGAAGAAAAUGGAUUCAUUGCUUUGAGGAUGUUACUAGUAUAUUAUUCCUGGUCUCCCUCAACGGGUACGACAUGAGUCUAAGCGAAGAUCGAGACGCAAAUCAGAUGCAAGACGCAAUGGCUAUAUGGGAUUCUAUCUGUCAUUCCCAGUGGUUCAAAACCACCUCGAUAAUACUCUUCUUGAACAAGCUGGAUCUGUUUACUGAAAAGAUCCAAACGUCGGACAUCAAAGCGAUCUUCCCGGAUUUCGACGGCAAAGCUAAAGAUGUCAAUGACGGUAAAGAAUACUUUAAACGACGCUUUCUACGACUCGCGCAAAAGUCAAGUCGGACAAAGGAACGCGAGAUUUACGUCCAUUUCACAAAUGCGACGGACACUGCUCUACUCAGUGUCGUCAUGGCCGCUGUCGAAGAGUACGUACUUCUGUUCUUCUCAGUGAUCCCGUCCCCCACUCUUACCAGGCGUUUUUUCCAUUCCUCUUCCAUCAUCACCCAAAAUAUUCGCGAUAUUAUGAUGUGA